AUGGCUAAAGACCUUGUUCACCUUCAACAUUUCCUGGGCCAACGUCUCGAGGAGCGAUGCGGACGCGAAAUUGAUUUUAUUGUUAAUCGGUUUUGGGCAGCGCGGAGGAGCGCGAUUCCCAUGAGCCACACCGAGCAGCGCCUUUUACUACGUGCCGCCCACACGAUGGCCGACAAAUACGCCGGUACCGCCAAUUUUCAGAGCUUCUUGGAGCUGGUGUCUAAUGAGGCCUACGAAAUGCUCCAACACCCGCCACAGGUGAAACCCGAAGAGACAGCCCUUUUCCUCAGUCAAAGCUGGAGUCGUCCGAUCGAAGGAGGGCCUGCCAAGGAGCUUCAAAACCUCGGUGACGGGAAUUUGGACCUAAACGCCAGAAAAUACGCCCUGGACAACCUAAUCUCCCUGGCCAACUCGCACUUUUUGGAUGGUCAAUUCCUCGAUGAUGCCCUACCCGUAUUUUUCGAUAUUUUGGAGGUAUUGCCUGACGUUCUGAUAAUGUUCUCAAAGCUGCUGGAAAGCGAGGAGUCAAUUAUACAAAAGAAAAGUUUUGCUGCGAGGAUAGCAGUGGAAAUUGUGGAUAUGCUGGAUGGGGGAACGUGCUCCCCAACCCGUACAUCAAAUCUCCUCUCAAUACUCGUCCAUUUCUACGUCUUUACCGUAUCCAAUCGAUUCCGACAAAAACUAGGGCUUAUUCUCGUGAAUUCGCUAUCUCCAUCGUAUCACUCGAAAAUCGCCCGUCAACUGGCCAGUCACGGGGUCUGCGCCCUCGGGCUACUCGUACAGUGUACUAACGCGGAACUAAAGGAAAUCCACGCAAUUACCGUGGCAAACAGUCGUCAACCCCUCGUAAAACUCGACAAGUUUAUGGAAAAACGGGCCGGCCGUCGAUCC